UUUUAACUCUUCAUAACCUCGAAGAACGUGGAAUGACUCAAUCAUUCUUUACAUUAUGGUUUUCCUAUAUAAAUAAAUUUUCUCGGGUUCACGACAAAAAACUGGUAAUCGUAGCUCUUUGUGCAUUAAUCGAAUUACCGGUUGAACAAUUACCACAUACUUUACAAGCUGGAUGGUCACAAGUUUUAGAUGGUAUUUUGGAAGUUUUUAAAUCAUUACCCAAAGCCGAAGAAGGUGAUGAGAAUGUAAUAGAUGAGGAUGUGAAAUAUUUAGAAUUUUUAGCACAAGAAAAGAGGAAGUCACAUAUGAAUCACCUCUAG